GGUUAAGUGUAUGGUGGGGGGCUGUAGCGGCGUGUAUAGUGUAGUGACGGUUAUCCGCUAGCUUCGUCGGCAUCAGUCAUGCUGUUAAUUGUCGCGGUGAGGUCGGUGUAUGUUUAACAACAGAUUAUAUACUUAAACGCCCCCGUCGCUCGUCCGCUGCUGCAGUGUACGUAGAUAUAGUGUGUUAUAUUAUUCGCUAGUUUGGCGACCGGUACGUAACAGCCUCUUAGUGUCUUUGUGUGUUAAUGUUGCACUGUUUUCAUCUGCCGCCUUAUUCGUAAACAUUAUAUACUCGAGUGUACUCUAAAUAGCGGUCAUUAAGUGAAAAAAAUUGGUGUUUUUUUUUCGUACCUCGUUUCGUACUCUUCUGCCAUCCUCAUCAUCAUCUGCGACCUAUACGAGUGUUGUGUUGUGAUAGUGUUAUACCUAUUACGCGUAUUUACCAAUCAUAUCCAUCCUAUCCUCUCAUUCCUCGUGCGUAAUUUUCGAGUGAUCAUUAGUGCUGUGUUGUGAUUUGUUCGGUGCGUGAAAAAUUCGAAAUUCUAAAUUUUACCUACUGUACCAGACCUAUACCAUGUCGUGCUGUACUAAUUUGUUGUUUACCUGUUGAUAACUCGUCUUCUUCGGUUCCUCCUGCGAAGUACUGACGUGUUGAUGAAUUCUUGCAAAUCGUUUUAACCUAGAGAUGUUUUAUUUCGAUAAUUAUUUCACAUUACAAGAGAAAUUCAAAGUCGAUGGUAAUGCUCACAGCGCGGCCAUGAAAACGGAAGAAUUAUUUGGCGUAGAGUCGAUGGACUGUUCGACGAUGACGAGCAGCGACGUAAAAUGCUGCGGCGGCAGCGACGACCUCGACGACAGCAAAGACUUAUCCAGUAGUAUUUCCUCGAUGGUAGACGACAACGAUAGAACCAACGGUACCAGUAAUAAUAGUAGCUGCAGUAACAACAACAACGACGAUUGUUGUAGCAUUUCGAAUAGCGGAGACCACCGCGACGACCUAUGCGGCACGGGUUCGACGACGACGGCAACGACGACGACGAAAACUUGUAGCAGUAGCAGUAGUAGUAGUCUGGACGACGAUAUGCAAGACUUAUACGGCAGUAGGAACUACGGCUUGCCUAGCUCCAGACCUACCAUGAUCAGCGCCAAAUAUCGCCAAAAAGAAGAAAGGCGAAAAGUGUUGAAGUUAUCGAUGCACAAGCUGAAACGUAUCGAAGAUCCGGAGAGCUCGUUACGACGCUCGGUACUGAUCAACAAUACGGUGAAACGUUUGCAACGCGAAGCAAAGGAAGAAAAAUCGCAAAAAAGUCAAAUUACUUCGAGUCUGGCGUCGCAAAACAAAUGUUUCGGUUUGACGAGCGACUUUUUAGUGAAACAAGAAGAGAACCUGAAAAACGACUACGUUGUUGGCGGUUCGCUCAGCAGCCGGACGUCCGAUCAGCUGCUGGACAUAACGAAUUUACCGGACGGUAAAACGUGCUCGAAAUACGGCAACGAUUGCCUAGACUGCGACGAGGCGAUUUCCGAUCUGACAUUCCCCGGCGACCGAAGCCUCUCCAAAGGACGUAAACGAUCUAUCGACGAGAUCGAAGAGGAAUGCGACGUUCUAAGUCAAUUUUAUUUACCACCGCCUACGCCUCACGUGCCUCAUAUGAUAUCGAAGCUAGACGAAGACGAAGACGAAGACGUUAACGUAGUCGAUAUCGAUACACCAGUCGAAUCGCUGACGAAAAAGAGACGCGGAUGCGGCGACUCGUCCGAUACCCUUAGUUGCUGUCUAACCGCCGCCGAUCGUCUACGCGACAAUUUACCAUCGUCGCAUUUCGACGAAUGGUCCAUGGAUGAAAGUAUACUACUUCAAGCUACCGCCCAAACUUCGCAACCGGCUCCUAGCUCGUCUCCUUUUUCCUGCGGUCAUUCGUCCAUGCUGAAUGAAAUAGUCGUUUAUCAUAAUCUAAUCGCCUCGUUAGAAUCGUAGCAUUUAAUCUAAAUGGUGUUGUACCCAAUGUGAACGCCGCACAGUUUAGUAAAAUGGGACCCAACCGGGGUCCAGACUCCCUUGUUUUUCUUUUUUCAUUAAUUAUUUUGUUUUUUUUUCUUUUGUUUGUGUACGUGUAUGUAUAUCGCGUCUCCGCGGAGCCAGCGAGUAUUUAUAUUACUUCCCCCCCCCCAACUUUAUAUUACGCGAAAUUUGAUUCUCUCUUAAGAUGUGUUUGUCCCCCCCCCCAUUCUCCCAUUUGUAAUGUCCUUCUCGUGUAUUAGAAUUUAAGCUGUAUGUAAACAUGUGUGUGUGUUUUUUUUCCUUUCUUAUGUAUUUGUAUAGGUAGUACCUUCUGUUUUCCUCUCUAUUUCUGUCUUUUUCUCUCUUUUGUAUAAUUCUUCUUCUCUCUAUACCUAUUUAUAUCGUGUAUUUUUAUUUUAUGUUGUAUUUUCGCCUUGCGCAUGGAUAUAUUUUUUUUUCUGUCUCACACACCCUACUCUUUUAUACUAUUACGGGUUUUCAUCGAAAAUUUAAUGAAAUUUAAUUCAAUUUUUUUUUUUUUUUUUGGUAUUCGAUGCCUCAUUCAGGUUGCCAUAUAUUUUGUUGCCGAGGUUUAGAAUAUGUAUUGUUGUUUUUUUUCUUUUAAUUUUUUUCUGUGUUUUUCAUCUCUUAGUUGAGAUUUUUUUAUCGUGAUGACAGUGGAUUGUGUAGCCUAUUUUUUUUUUUUUUUUGGCUAUUUUUCUCAAUUUCGAGGUUACCGGGUCCGCGUGUUUUGGUGGUUUGUUACACACUGUGAUAAUGCGAUGAAAUUUUACGCAUUUUGGUACCCGUGUAUGAAAUUGGAUAGAUUAAAAAAGGCUUCCAAAAUUUUUUUUUCAAUAUUAAACAAUAUAAUAAUGGUGCUUAAACUUAUAAAUUCGAGCGUUAGUGUCGACUUAAAAUAUAAGAUUAUGGUUAUUAAUACGCUGACAGAUAAAAAUUUUUGAAUGUAACCCAUGUUUGUCUCCUUUCAUGUUUUUAGAACCAGUUUUAAACUUUGUAAUUGAAAUUAGUUAAAUUUACCUAUUUUUAUUCUGUUUUUUGGAAGAAGAGUUAUGCCCCAGGAGGGUUUUUAAAAACUGAAGUUAUCGAUUUUUGACCUAUUUUACUUCAAUGUUAUCAAAAUAAAAUUUUAAACUUUGUUGUUCAAAUUCGAAAAUUUUUUUCUGCCCUGUUUUUGAUAAAAGAGUUCUGCGCCAGGAGGAUUUUUAAUAAUAUUUUAUUGAUUUUGGUUCUUCUCAGAUCUGGUGUAUUUGAAACUGAUUUACACUUUGGUGACUAAAAUUGGCCGAAUUUUAAAUUUUUUCAUUUUUUCGAUAAAAGAGUUCUGCGCCAGGAGCAGUUUUGUAAAAUUGUGGUUUCAUCUUAUGAUUGUUUUUUCUCCUCGUGUUAUUCAAACAUGAAUCGAAACUUGUUCAUUCAAAUUGAAAAAAAUUAAUUUUCCUCUCUGAUUUUCAAUAGAAGAGUUCUGCGCCAGGAGGAGCUUUGAAAAUUCAAUAUCAAUUCUUGUUCUUUUUGGAUCCGAUGUUUCUGAAAUGAAUUUUGAUCUUCAUGAUUGAAAUUGAUCCUAUUUAUUCAUUUAUUCAUCAUUUUCAAAAAAAAAGAGUUCUGCGCCAGGAGGAUUUUUGAAAAUUUAAAUGAUUAAUUUUUGAUUUCUUUUACUUGUUGGCAUUACUGAAAUAAGUUAACAAAUUCAUUACUGGAAUUGACAAAAAAAUUUCUACCCGAGUUUUGAUGUGGGAGUUCUGCGCCAGGAGGAUGUUGAUGAUGAAUCAUUGAUUUCUAUUCUUUUUAGAUCUGGCGUUUUUAGAACUAAUGUAGUCCUUGGUGUGUAAAAUUGGCCAAAUUUAUCAAUUUCUUUUAGAUUUUUCAAUAGAAGGAGUUCUGCGCCAGGAGCAACUUUGUAAAAUCGAGGUUUCAUUUUUUUUAUUGUUUUUACUCUCAUGUAAUUUAAUAUGUUUCAAAACUCAGUUGUUGAAAUUGAAAAAAAAAAUACUUUCCUCCUUGGUUUUCAAAAAAGAGUUCUGCGCCAGGAGGAUUUUUAUCAAGUGAAAAAUUGACGGUUUUGCAUCUUUUUUAGUCUCAUGCUAUUCAAAUCAAUUCUAAACCUUUCAUGAAAUAAGUAAAAAAGAUUUUCCUCUAUCUUUUGAAAAAGAGAGUUCUGCGCCAGGAGCAUUUUUAAACAUAAUUUCUUUUUCAAACUUGGAUGAUUCUGGAAGGGUUAUGUAAGUUGAUGACUGAAAUUGACCAAAUCUAUUCGUUUUCCCUGGUUCUUGAAGAACAGAGUUCUGCGCCAGGAAGAUUUUUAUGAGCGGUUUUGGUGUUUUUCCUUUUGGAGAUCUGAUGUUUUUUUGAAAAGAUUUAGAGUCCUGGCGAUCUAUUUUUCAAUGACUCACAUAAAGAGUUCUGCGCCAGGAAGAUUUUAAAUAAACGAAUUGAUCCAUUUUCGACCUUUUUCACAUUAACCUUAUUAAAAUAGGUAGCUUUAAUAUUCGUUUCUAAAAUCAACGAAAAUUCCCUGUCUCCUUUGGUUUGAAAAAAUUGAAUUCUGCGCCAGGAGGACUUCUUACCAAAAUUAAAAUCUGCAAAACACGAUUCUUCGGAAUUAAAAAAAUUGAAAUGGGGUUAUAAAAUUUAUGUAUCGUAAAAAUGUGGCCCACCUCGAAUAACUUGGUCCAUUUUCAUCUAAUUCUAAAAAAAAGUGUAUGAAUUAAACCCUCUUGAUGGAAUAUUCAUCACACCCUCGUUCGAAAACGAUUUUUAAGAUAAAAUUUCCAGUAUUUGUCGAGCACUAAAAGACGUUCUCUGUUCAGUGUUGAAAUUCCAUAUCCGUCGACGCACAUUCGAUUUAUAGUAACAUUUUUUCUCGCUUCAUUAUCGCAACUUAUAUUUUCUCUGGGUACGCUUCGAAUGGAAAAUUGUUUUUUACCAUUUUUUUUUUCUAAGCUUCAUAAUUUUGAUAAUGUAAAUAAUUAUUUUGUUUUAAAAAAAAUACAAAAGAAAAAAACAAUCGUGUGUGCCGUGUACAUAAUCGUCAUUUAAUUGAUACAUGUUUUGAUUUUACCAAUUUCAACGAAACCAACAUUUUUAAAAAUUUUUGUUUUCCAUUUUUUUUUUUAUUAUUUUGUUUUAUUCUUUUACAUAUUGACAUAACUUUCAACGCUGUCAAGAAGAUGAGGUAAUGCUUAUUCUACAUGACUUUUUUUUCGUUUAGUUUGUUUUUUUUUCGUUUUUUUUUGUUUGUUCUGUUUUUUUUUUUUUUUUUUUACUAAUGAGCUUGCGCUGAGGUGGGAAAAUUAUUUAUGUAUAAAACGGUGGCGGCUUGUGAAAGUGUUCAAUUUCGCGAUAGUAAUUAAGUUGCGCACUCUAUGACAUAUAAUCGUAAGUUGUGCACUGUGUUGGAUUUUUUUUUUGUUUUUAGAGAAAAUGUGGAAGUGAUGAUGGAUGCGCUUUUUUGUAUUUUUGUUACAAGUUUUUGCUGUACCUACUCGUUUUAUACAAUUACGAAAAAUCUACUUAGUUGAAUUUUUUACAUGGUUUUUUCCACUUUGAUAUUCAUCAGCCGCCACUGCUGUGUACAAGUAUUUUUUUUUUUUUUUUUAUAACGGCCUUCGAUGUAUCGGCCAAAUUACCAUUUAUACGUUGACGCUUCAGCAGAGACGGCAAAACGCACGAUAGGGUUUUUAAUGAAAAAAUUUACAGAGUGUUUAUAUGAAACAUUUUAUUAUGUUCCCAUGUAAAUUUACAUACAUAAAUGUACUCUUUAAGACAAAAAAAAAAGUAAUCGAUGUUGAAAAAUUACGAAAAAAAUAUCAUUGUAAAUACUGUUGUAAAAAUCGUGUUACUUUUAACGAUAUAUUAGUGUUCAUACGGUGUAAAGAAGUUUUGUAAGGUUUUUUUGCUUUCUGCGCGAAUGUUACCAAUACACAAAUGAUAAUGAACGCUGGUAUUAGUGAUAUUUUAGAGUGCUGCUUUUGUGUGUGAUAAAAAGUAAAUAAUUUUUAUUUGUACAAUACACUGUGAUUACUAAUAUUGCCCUUAACAAUAUUUUUCUCCGUGAGCCGUUUACUAGUUUUUUUGUUUCUUUGGCCCGUACAAUAUAAUAAUAUGUUUUUUCAUUUAAAAUGUGUGGAAAUAAAAGCUUUCACCGUAUCGGUGUGAGCAUCGCUCUCUAUAGAAUAUUUAUUCAACUGGCUUGGAAACGUUCUCCUUUCAACGUUUUAUCGUUUAUUUUCCUUAGCGUAGGACUUUUUUUUUUUUUUUUUGUUUUCCUUUAUAAGAUUUUGCGAUGUUACGGCAUUAAAUAGUAAUAAAGUAAGAACAGAUUUGUUAGGCUGUGCUUAAAGUUAAUUUAAUGUACGUACCUGUGUUUUUCCUUUUAUUUUUUUUUCUUGUAAUGAAUUUAUUAUUGUUGGGGCAAAUUUUUUUUCGAAGAUAUUUACUAUUGGGAACAAUUUAUUAUUUAAAGAAGUGAUUUUUUUUUUUUGCUUUUUACAUUCUUUCGCUUCCACAUUUAUAAUUUGUAUAUAGAAACCGAUUUAGUUGUGUUUUAAGCAUGCAUAAUAUAAUACAUACACUCGUGUAUAAAUUUUUAUUUUAUUUUUUUUUCUGCGGUCGCGAAUUCAUUAUAUACCUUAUGUUUAAUCAAUAUUAUUAAUUUUAUUGAUUGUUGUAAUAUUAUUAUGAUAACAAGUAAAUGUCUCAUUGAUUUUUC